AUGCGUCGUCGUCGUAUGGAUGUGAUGAAGAAGAAGAAAGCAGAGGGCGCAAGAGGUAAAGCAAUAAGAGCAGUUAAAAAACAAGUUGAAGAACAAGGACGGCCUCCUUGCAAGAUGGCGAUGAGAGAAUGGAUCGUCCGACUCACCUGCUUAGCAGCUCUGGUAUUAUAUUACAACACUCAAUACCCACAACCAACUGCAGCAAUAGCAGCAGCAAUAGCAGCAGCAAUAGCAGCAGCAAUAGCAGCAGCAAUAGCAGCAGCAAUAGCAGCAGCAGCAAAUGCAGCAGCAAAUGCAGCAGCAAAUGCAGCAGCAAAUGCAGCAGCAAAUGCAGCAACUGUAGCAGCAAAUGCAGCAAAUGUAGCAGCAAAUGCAGCAAAUGCAGCAGCAAAUGCAGCAAAUGUAGCAGCAAAUGCAGCAGCAAAUGUAGCAGCAAUUGCAACAGAAACAGCAGUUGCAGGGGUAGUAGCAGUAGCAGAAGCAGAAGCAGCAGCAGCAACAAUUGCAGCAGUAUCAGUAGCACUAGCAGCAACAGCAGCAGCAAUAUUAGUCGUAGUUGUUGUUGUUAUAGCAUACUUGACAACAUUAUUUGUAGUCUUAUUAAAAGAAGAUCUAUACAAAGACUAUUCGCCUCCUGGACAGCUUAAGUUUCAGGGCUGGCUGUACUGUAAAUGCGGCGAAAUUAAAUACGAAGCGAGGCAAACAAUGUUUAACCGCGGGAUGUUUUGGUGCUUCGGCAAUCAAGCAGAUGCUGACUUCUAUCUUACCCCUUAA